AUGAAGCUUACCACUCUACUCGUUUUCUCUUCUUUCUUUACUGCAAGUGCCUUCGGCGUGAGCCCUCGCACUUCUGUUGCUAAGAGCCCUGGCGCCUUCAAGAAACCCGCCUUCCGCAAGGAUUCGGCUGCUACCAGCCCCCUCUUCCGCGACCCCACCGCCGUCCGAGGAGGAGCCGUUCCAGGAUGGGCCGCCUACAAUGAUCAGCUUGACAAGAACCCCUUGACCGCCAAGGCCUGCACAUCCUUGGUUGGUUGGGCCCUUGGUGACUUCCUUGCUCAGAUCUUCAUUAGUGGAGGACCAUUCGACAUGCAGCGUUUCAUCACCCUGUCUGUCUUCGGUUUCAUCUACCACGGUCCCUCUGGUCACUAUUUCUACAACUGGCUUGAUAGCAAGAUCCCCGGAACUGAAGCUAAGGAUGUUGCGCUCAAGGUUGCCAUUGAUCAGAUCUGCUGGUGCCCCAUCUUCAUGAGUGUGUUCUUCUUCUACCUUGGAUUGGUCAACGGAGAUUCCCUCUCCACCAUUGGAAGCAAGAUCAAGAACGACCUUCUUAGUGCCUGCCAAGGAUCCUGGAAGGUCUGGCCCAUUGUGCAUGCAGUGAACUUCAAGUUCAUCUCCACAAAGCACCGUCUUGUCUUCAUCAACAGUGUCCAGGUUGCCUUCAACAUGUUCCUUUCCCUCAUUGGAACAAAGAAAUAG